GGCGGCGGCGGCGGCGGCGGCGGCGGCGGCGGCGGCGGCGGCGGCGCCGUUGCCGUUAUGGACUUGGAGGAGGCGAAAGAGUUCAAAGACCGCUGUUCUCAGUGUGCUGCUGUCUCUUGGGGUCUCACUGAUGAAGGCAAAUAUUAUUGCACUUCUUGCCACAAUGUUACAGAAAGAUCUAGGGAAGUUAUAAACACUGGGGCUAUUCCUAAUACUAAAAUACAAGCCAUCAACCGGGGACUUAAAAGAAAACGAAAACUUGAGAAAGGCUGGGAUUGGUAUGUGUGCGAAGGUUUUCAGCACAUACUUUAUCAACAAGCAAAAGCCUUACAGACCCUUGGAGUAGGCCCAGAGUUAAAGAAUGAAGUCUUACAUAACUUUUGGAAGCGCUACCUUCAGAAGAGCAAGCAGGCAUACUGCAAAAACCCAGUUUAUACCAGUAGAAGGAAAACUACGGUAUUAGAAGAUAAUCCAAGUCAUUCAGACUGGGACAGUGAGCCUGAGCUGCUGAGUGACUUGAGCUGUCCUUCGUUUGUUGAAAGCGGAGCGGAAUCUCAGCCGGAGGUCCACGCUCAGAAGCCUCUCCCCAUCAUCAAAGCGUCACAAUCAGAAACUGCAUCUGUCUGUUCCGGAUCUCUUGACGGAGUUGAGUAUUCACUGCGAAAGGAGAAGGGAAUUGUGAAGAUGACUGUGCCACGGACGCUAGCUUUCUGCUACCUGUCAUUGCUUUGGCAGAGGGAGACAAUCACUCUUGCGGAUCUUCUGAGAUUCGUUGAAGAGGAACAUAUUCCUUAUAUAAAUGCUUUUCAGCAUUUUCCAGAAGAGAUGAAAUUAUAUGGGCGUGACAAAGGAAUCUUUGCUAUAGAGUCUUGGCCUAACUAUGAAGAUAUCUAUAAAAAAAUAAUUGAAGUUGCCACAUUUUUAGAUUUGCCACGUUUUCCAGACAUAACUGAAGACUGCUGUCUUCAUCCAAACAUCUUGUGUAUGAAAUACUUGAUGGAAGUCAAUCUCCCUGAUGAAAUGCAUGAUUUAACCUGCCACGUGGUGAAAGUGACUGGAAUAGGAGAAGUGGAUUUUCUAACAUUUGAUCCUAUAGCUAAAAAGGCAAAAACUGUUAAAUAUGAUGUACAAGCUGUAGCUGUCAUUGUAGUGGUAUUGAAACUGCUCUUUUUAUUGGAUGACAAUUUAGAAUGGUCUUUGUCUAAUAUUGCUGAGAAAUAUAAUGAAAAGAAUGAAGAAGAUAAGCCAUGGUUUGAUUUCAGAAAAUGGUACCAAGUUAUGAAGAAAGCUAUUGAUGAAAAAAAACAAAAAUGGGAGGAAGCCAGGGCAAAGUAUCUAUGGAAAAGUGAAAAGCCACUCUACCACUCAGCCAUUGACAGAUCAGUGGUCUAUAAAAGAAGGGAAAUGGUCGUGAGUCUACAAAAACAAUUUAGCACACUGGUUGAUUCAACACCAACUGUUGAAAAAAAAAGCCCUUCAAGUUUUCAGUUCAGCUGGACCGAAGAGGGCAGUGAUAGAACUUGUUUCCAUGGGCAUAGCCUCCAGGGAGUCCUGAAGCAGAAAGGCCAGUCACUGAUGACCAAGAAUUCCCUCUAUUGGCUGAGUACUCAGAAAUUCUGUAAAAGCUAUUGUAAGCAUGUGACAACCUACGAAGAAUCAAAUUUUUCUCUGAGUUAUCAGUUUAUACUAAAUCUCUUCUCCUUCUUGCUAAGAAUAAAGACCUCCCUUCUCCAUGAAGAAGUGAGCUUAAUAGAAAAGAGACUUUUUAAAGCAAAAUACAGUACAACAAAAAAGAAAUCUUCAAGAUCCAGGAAAGUAAGAAAAUGUUGAGAAAAAUGAAAUGGAAACUUUCUGGGGAAAAUAUUUUAAUAGUGACAGUAAUGUCAAAUUGUAAUAUAACAUUACAGAGAAUGGUGAAAAAUAGAAUUUUGUUGCAAGCAUGUACAUACAUACAAAUAUAUGUAUCAAACCGCUUAUAAAAAUGUAUAUUAGAAAACA